AUGGGUGUCCUAAUGGUAUCAUUGAUUGUCUUUAGCAUCUACCUCGUUUUAACAAUAUUGAUGUUUGUAUAUAAGCAAGACUUACAAAGCUGGUCUACGCUACAGCAAAAUGUCGACAUACCACUGACCGUAGAAGCAUUUAAUGGAAUUUUCGAUGCAUUUGCCACUAUUUUUAUUGCUUAUUUUGCUGUGUCUCUUUUGGGUACUAUUUCAAUCAUUUUGCAACACAGAAGAAUGGUACGCAUCUACCAUGUAGCAAACUGGUUCUUUGUGCUGCUGCUGCUUACAGUGACAGUUGCUUUUUGGAUAUACUUCAAAGUCAAGCAAGAUGGAUAUGUCAAUGAUUGCCAAGAUUUGCAGAAUAUCCGACAAAACAUCACUUCUGAUCCGUUUUAUACCUCGAUUCAAGUGCCUGGCAAACAAAUAGUGGCCGGAGGAUCUGAUAAAUCAGAAUGUAUCGAAUUCAUUAAACGUUUGGUCAUUGCAUCUGGUGUGUUGACAUUUGUUUGCAAUAUUUUACAGCUAUACUGGGCCCGAUCCAUUGGCGUGUAUGCCACUUCUUUAAAGAGACACUACCAACACAAACGCUUACAGAUGCAAGAUGAGGAUGAUGAUUUAAUCGUAUCAGCGAGAAGGGAUUGA